AGAUUGUUAAUUCAUAUCGAACUCGAAAACAAAUGAAUACACACCCUUUUUGUCUUAUUCUGUGCACAUUUUUCAAUGAGCUUAUCGAAAGUUGAAGUAGCCCCCGGUUACAUCCAAGACAAGCGCCAAGAGCUCAACGGGGGGCAGGGAGGGGCUCGUUCCCCGGGACCCCAGACAACAGGCGAGGAGAAUUCCAAAGCGGAACCAAAGACUUUGACUCACCACUGGUCAGAGUCGGAGUUUCCACAGGAUGACAACAUCCUUAACAAUGGAGGAACUAAUUUGGAUCAAGAGGAUGAAGAUGCAGCAGAUGUGGUGGAUGAGUUUGAUGACAUGGGUCUGUGUGACGAACUCCUGAGGGGAAUAUAUGGCUAUGGAUUUGAGAAACCAUCCAUGAUUCAACAAAAAGCCAUUCCACUUGCUUUGACUGGAACUGAUGUGAUCGCCCAAGCCCAAUCGGGAACUGGCAAAACAGCGACCUUUUCCAUCUCGAUUCUCCAGAAAAUAGACCCCAAACUGAGGAGCUGCCAGGCGCUGGUUCUAGCCCCAACACGCGAGCUAGCAAUGCAGACGCAGCGUGUGAUGUCCGCACUUGGUGACUACAUGGGUGUCGUCUGUCAUGCCUUGGUUGGCGGUAGUCAUGUGGCUAAUGACAUUAACAAGCUGCGGGAGGGUGUUCAUGUCGUCAUAGGAACACCAGGCCGCAUUCUGCAUCUUCUGAGUGAAAGGCAUCUGGACUUGUAUACAGCACGACAAUUUGUUCUGGAUGAAGCAGACCAGAUGCUGUCGAGGGGAUUUCUGGACCAAAUAAAAGACACUUUCAAAUACUUACCUAGGGACGUGCAGGUGAUUUUGGUGUCUGCCACCCUGCCCCCCGAGGUCUUGGACAUCACGGACAAGUUCAUGAGAAAUCCCAGACGUAUUCUGGUUAAGAGGGAGGAACUGACAUUGCAGGGCAUUCAGCAGUUCUACGUCAAUGUUGAGAGAGAGGAGUGGAAGCUGGAUACAUUGUGUGACAUUUACGAAACCAUCACCGUAGAGACGACCAUCAUCUUCUGCAACAAACGCGGGAAAGUGGAGUGGUUGGAGAGAGAGAUGACCAGACGAGACUUUACAGUGUCUGCAAUGCAUUCUGAACUCUCCCAGAAAGACCGGGAACUUGUACUGCGCAGCUUCAGGACCGGUUCUAGCCGAGUGCUGAUCGCCACAGAUCUCCUAAGUCGUGGAAUAGACGUCCAACAGGUGUCACUGGUCAUCAACUUUGACCUCCCCCUGGAUAGGGAGAGUUAUAUACACAGGAUCGGACGCGGUGGGCGGUUUGGACGUAAGGGAACAGCCAUCAACUUCGUAACAAGUGAGGAUUACCGUAAACUGGAGGACUUGCAGAAGUUUUACAACACCGAGAUUCUGGAAAUGCCAAGCAACAUCGCUAGCCUUCUGUAAUCAAGGAACUGUUACGAACUCUGAAAGACCAAGUGAUACAUGUAGAAUUCACUGCAUGAAAUAAAAUCU